AUGCGCUUCGCUCUCUUGACCACAACCGUCCUCGCUGCGUUGAGUACGCUGGCUGGCGCUCAACGCCUCCCCCGCCGCGCCUGCGGUGCCCCAGAGAAGUCCGGCCAAGAGCUCUCCUCAGCUGAAGAGCACUUUAGGCAGAACAGUCCUGAGGGCGUAGCGGCUGGCACUGUUGAGGAGCUCGAGGCGCUCCGUCCGUACACGCCACAGACGAUUGACGUGUACUUCCACGUUGUCCAUGAGGGUAAGAAGGAGGAGCAGGGGAAUAUACCAGACGAGAAGAUCGCGGCGCAGAUUGCGGUUCUGAACGAGGCCUAUGCGUCGAGUGGGCUGUUCUUCAACUUGAAGGAGGUGCCUCGUACGAGUAAUCGGUGGUGGUUCAGGAACGCGGGGCCCGAUACGGAUGAGCAGAAUGAGAUGAAGGAGGCGCUGAGGGUUGGCGGGCCGGAGGCUCUGAAUGUUUAUACUGUCAGUCUUUCAACUACGAGGCUUUUGGGCUAUGCGACGUUCCCUGUGGAUUAUGAAGCUAACCCCCAGGACGACGGUGUCGUCAUCCUUUACGCCUCAGUCCCAGGCGGCGAAGCCGAGCCAUACAACCUCGGCCAAACAGUCACGCACGAAGUCGGGCAUUGGGUCGGGUUGUAUCAUACCUUCCAAGGAGGGUGUGGUGGGGACGGUGAUUUCGUCAAUGAUACGCCCGCCGAGGCGUCCCCUGCGUAUGGGUGCCCCGUUGGAAGGGAUUCGUGUGCUUCUACUGGCGUUGAUCCUAUCCACAACUUUAUGGAUUACACCGAUGAUGCGUGCAUGAACAACUUUACGCCUGGUCAGGUUGAUCGGCUUAGGCUUCAGUUGGCAACGUACCGCAGUAUCCCGCUCUAG